AAUAUUAAGGGACGGCAAUUGAAUUGUUUUUUGUUAUUUUAGAGAAGCCUAGUGAGAAAAAAUUACUGGUGGAGCGCUUAAAUUUCAUUUUACAUGAAUACUACAAUUCCUUGAGCCUAGCUGUUUUACACUGGUGUUUACCCAUUUGACAUUAUUUUGGGAUUAAAGUUAGCAUGUCCUACCCACCUCGUCCACCCGGAAUGACCGGGAUGAACACCAUGACGCCUGGCCCAAUGCCGGUACCUCCGUACAUGACAGGUUACAUUCAAAAUAGACCCAUGAUGCCCGCUGGAAUGCCACCGGGAGGUAUGAUGAUGGGGUACCCUCCUAUGGGACAUCCUUCACAGAUGCCUGGACAGAUGCCUGGACAGAUGCAGCCCCAGAUGCAACCACCCCAGAUGCAGCAGCCUCAGAUGUCUCAAGGUCCGAGGACACAAAAUCAAAUGCCACCUGGUUCCAUGCAGCAGUCUCCCACUGUUAUUUCUAGAGGUCCGAGGCCAGCCAAUGAAGGUGUUGGUCCAUCAGUCACCGUCUUCGUUGGGAACAUCACUGAUCGUGCUCCUGAUAACAUGAUGAGGCAGAUUCUUCAACAUUGUGGUGCUGUCGUGAGUUGGAAAAGAGUUCAAGGGGCAUCUGGUGUUCUUCAAGCCUUUGGCUUCUGUGAAUUUAGCAAUCCAGAUGCUGCUUUAAGAGCGAUUCGCUUGCUACAUGAAUUGGAAAUCGGUGAAAAGAAACUAGUAGUAAAAGUUGAUGCCAAAACGAAAUUAAUCCUGGACACUUACAAAGCCGACAAAAUAAAAUCUGCCGGUGGAGGUACGAGUAGUGGCGAUGACGAAUUCCUUACACAAGAACAACGAGUUCAAGACAAAUGGGUAAAAGAACGAAUAGGUCAGACUCUUAAGGACUACGAGUCGGAAAUGCAAGCUAAUCAAGCCAGAGCCGAAGAAAAAGAAAGAAGAGAACAAGACAAGGAGAAAGCAAGGGCGGCUAAAAAAGAGGAAGCCAACAGUGUGGAUUUGAACAAAUUCGAAACCGAAAUCGAAGAAGGAAAAAAAGAUUUGAUUACCCGAGAAAUAGGAAAGUUUCGGGAAAUUGCCAAAAAGCAGGAUGAAGAAAAAGAAGCCGAACGCAAAAAGAGGAAAGAAAAAGAGCGUGAACGCGAGCGGCGGGAUCGAGAAAGGGACAGAGAACGAGAUAGGCCCAGUGGCCGGGACCGUGGGGGUGGUGAUCGAGGUGAUCGUGACCGCGAUAGAAUGUCGGAACGAGACAGGAAUCGCGAGCGAGACAGAAGACGGGAAAAGGAGAAUGAGAACCACCGGCGGUCACGAACACCGCCUCCCAGAUCACGCACUCCACCUGGCCCACCAGCCCAGCCGAGCACACCGCCACGAAGAAGUAGAUCUAGGGAUAGAACCGAAAUAGAGGCUCGCCCACCGCGACGAACCGAAAAGGACUAUUUACGGGAAAAGGAGGAGGAAGAAGAAGCCCUGGAGAGGAAGAAAGCCGAGAAAAAGGCACGAGAAAAAGAAGUUGCUUAUCAGGAACGAUUACGUCACUGGGAGAGCCGAGAACGGAAGAAACUUCGUGAUUAUGACAAACUCGAGCUUAAGGAAAAAGAACGGGUCGAAGAACAGCAAAAACAAGCUGUUUGGCUCAAACAGUUCCUCGAAGACUAUGACGACGAAAGAGAUGACGCUAAAUAUUACAAAGGUCGUGAGAUGGAGAGGAGACGAGCCGAACGGGAGAGGGAAAUAGAAUCAGAUGCCCGUGACCGUCAAAAGGAGAAAGAAGAACUUGAAGAGCUCAAAACGAAGAUUUUCUCUGAAGGCCAUUCGGAUCCUACGGCAACUCUCAAGCAGGCUCUUUACGAGAGAGAACAGCAAUACAAGCCACAGAUACUCGUACCAGCACCUCCCGUCAGCGAUGCCCCCCGUUCCUUCUCUCCCAUGGACGUAUCUUUACCAUCACAACCAUCGGACGUGGAAGAUUUCCCAUUGAUGAAGGAAGUUAAUUCCACUACGCCCGUCUCCUCAGCUCCUUCCACGCCAACUGGACCAGAACCAAAAACAAUUAGUUCUAGUGUCGCGAGUAGUGUCAUUGCCAUGGAAGAGGACUCCAUGUCAACAACGAAUUCCUUGAGUCCUGUCCCAACUGAAAGCGACAGUAAGCAAGGGUCUCAGGGACCGAGUUUAGUAUUUAAUAAGCGUAAGAAGUUGGAGAUCAAAGCCGUAUUCAAUGCGGAUGAAGAUGAUACCGACACGACCAAGAAAAAACGGAAACUUGUACCUCUUGACUAUGGUGAUGAACUUGCUAAAAAAGAAAAAGAACCUAAGAAUACGGAAGAAAAAAGAAAAAAUAUCAAGAGUCUAAUUGAGAAAAUUCCUACGGAUAAAGCGUCUCUCUUUGCUCACCCUGUGGAAUGGAGCUUAGUAGAUAAUGUUAUAAUGGAGCGACGCAUUAAGCCUUGGGUGAAUAAGAAGAUCGUGGAAUACAUCGGGGAGCCCGAACCUACCUUAGUUGAAUUUAUUUGUUCCAAAGUAUUGAUAGGAAGCCAACCCCAAAAUAUCAUCAAUGAUGUUCAGAUGGUGCUUGAUGAGGAGGCAGAGGUAUUUGUUGUCAAGAUGUGGCGAUUAUUGAUCUAUGAAUUAGAAGCAAAGAAAUUGGGUCUCAUGACUAAAUAAACAAGGGUGAUUGUAUUGGGUCUCUAUUUUGCAAUUGGUUGUUGUUACAUUCACCCACAUAUGUACGACUGAUUACAAAGCGAUUUGACAAACA